AUGAUGACUCUUUUUUCUGAUUGGUACUCUUGGUUGACUCGUCAUGUCCAAGAUGACGAGUUUCAAAAUUGGCUCAGAGUGGGAGAAAGAACCUUGUUGUUCCUAUUGGCUGCCAAUUUCCUUUGGAACUUGAAGAAUAGCGAAAGCAGCGAUCAAAGUAAGAAAUCAUCAUUGCUGAAACGUUUCAUUCAAACUGUGAGCAAUUCACAAAUCGGAAAGAAGCUACUUACCGCUGAAAUUGAAAAAGAAGUGAAGAAAAAUGUUGCCCAAAUGUUUCCCAAACCAAAAGGAAGGUCAACAAACUCUCAAGGCAAAGUGACCUUUCCAGAAAAGGGAGUGAAGGAGUCAGAAAUUGAAGAAUAUUUAUUGAAAUUGAAAGAGAUGGAUGUGAAAACAAACGAAGGAAAAGCAUUUGCAUUUGUAUAUCAUUUAUCGGAAGGCCAUGAUGAAUUUGUGACCAGAAUGCAUAACAUGUUUAUUAAUACGAACUGUUUAAGUCCAAUGGCAUUCAAAUCAUUGAGACAAAUGGAAAUUGAACUUGUUGAGAUGACUUCAUCUCUUUUCCAUGGUCAAGAAGCAUGUCAUGAUGAAAAUGCACUCUCGGAUGAAUUUCACAGAGAAUUUCUGAAAAAAGAUGUAGUGGGAAAUUUGACAUCCGGAGGUACUGAAUCUCUGUUGGUCAUGCUAAAAACCUAUCGUGAUUUUUUCUCAUCCAAUAUUGAGGAAUUUAAGAAAAUUAUGAAGAAAAAGUAUCCAUCUCAAUCACAGGAAAUUGAAAAUUAUAACGGCCCAUUCGAAGUCAUUGUUCCCACUACCAUCCAUCCUGCAGUGAAUAAGGGAGCUCAUUACUUUGGGUUGAAGCUUGUAGAAGUUGAUGUUGAUCCAGAAACAAUGGCUGUUAUUCCUGAAAAGGUUGAGCAAGCAUUCCAUCCUGGAAAAACCAUUCUUGUGAUUGGAAGCUGUCCCUCCUAUCCUCAUGGUGUGUUAGAUCCCAUUGAAAAAUUAUCUGAAAUUGUGGUUAAAUUAGGACCUAUUGCACUGCAUGUCGAUUGUUGCAUUGGUGGCUAUGUCAUGCCAUUCAUUCAAGAGUUGAAUGCUCAGAAAGUGUCAAAAGAACAGCUUUGUACCUUUGAUUUUUUGAAUUUAGGAGUCACGAGUAUUUCGGCCGACUUGCACAAAUAUGGCUAUUCAUGUAAAGGCGCAAGCGUCAUCAUGUAUAGAAAUUCCUUCAUUAGAAAGUAUCAAUUCUUUGUGUAUAGUGGAUGGAGUGGAGGUCUAUAUAUUUCCCCCACAGUCACAGGAAGUAAGGGAGGAGGACCCAUUGCCUCAAGUUAUGCAAGUAUCAAAUUAUUGGGAAAGGAAGGAUUUUUGAAAGUGACUGCGAAAAUGUUACACACGAGAAGUUUCAUUCAAAACGCCAUUGAAACCGAUGAAUUACUCUCCAAGUAUUUGUGUGUCGUGGGUCGACCAUGUUCCACAAUUUUGAGUUUUACCACACACGAAGCAUUCCAUCGUUUUUUUAAACUUUCUAAUCCUCCAUUCACUUCAUCAAGUGACGAUAUCAAUCCUAACAGCAUUAAUAUAUUUGCAAUUUCAGAUCAUAUGGAAAAGCAGUAUGGAUGGGAUCUUCAGAGACAAAUCAAACCUGAUUCAUUGCACAUGACCUUAAUGCCUCAACAUAUUGGACUUGAAGAGCGGAUUGUCUCGGACUUGAAACAGUCUUUGAAAUAUGUGAUUGAACAUGGUUCAGAGUUUUCUGGAAAGAACAGCGUCGCCAUGUAUGGAAUGGUUGCCAAUGUGGAGAGUUGGCUUAGUGAGGAUACCGUUGAAUUGUUUUUGAAGACGUUUGUCGAUGAAGUUUAUCGAUUACGCCAAUAA